AUGGCGCCUGAGAUCAGUGAGAAGGAAUUGGAUGAGAUUUACGCCUUCGCAGUCCAGCUCGGCAAAGAUGCGGGCAAGAUGCUCAUGGAUGCCGCGAAGCUGCGGAUGGCAAGCGGAGGAGCGGCCCACGAGUCCGUGGAGAAGGAGAACGCGGUUGAUAUUGUGACCAAGACGGAUACAGACGUUGAGGCGUUCAUUCAUAGCUCUAUAUCAAAGACUUACCCGAGCCACAAGUUUAUCGGCGAGGAGACUUAUUCUGCCGGCUCAACAAAGGAUUACCUGAUCAACGAUGAGCCCACCUGGUGCGUCGACCCGCUGGACGGCACAGUCAAUUACACGCACCUGUUCCCCAUGUUCUGCGUCUCGAUCGCCUUCAUCGUCGCAGGAAGGCCAGUGAUAGGCGUCAUAUACGCGCCAUUCCUCGGCCAGCUCUUCACCUCGUGCCGCGGGCGCGGUGCGCUCCUCAACGAGACGCAGAGACUGCCCCUGGUGCCCGGCGUGCCCAUUCCGGCCAAUGCGCCAAAGGGCUGUGUCUUCAGCUGCGAAUGGGGCAAGGACAGGCGAGACCCGGACUCAGGGGAGGGUAACCUGGGCAGGAAGCUCGAGAGCUUCACAAACAUGGCCGUCGAGAUCGGCGGGCGGGGAGGGAAGGGGGGAAUGGUCCACGGCGUGAGGAGUCUUGGAAGUGCGACUCUAGAUCUGGCAUACACGGCGAUGGGGUCCUUUGACAUCUGGUGGGAGGCUGGCUGUUGGGAAUGGGACGUCGCGGCUGGCAUAGCCAUCCUCGAGGAGGCAGGCGGUCUCGUAACGACGGCGAAUCCACCUGAGAACCCGGCCACAGCAGACGUCCCGGACAAACUGCGCGUCAUGGCCAAGAAAGGCUCGUGA